CACCGCGUGAUCAUCGCCAGCCAAUGGGAAGGCACACCCCGAGCGGCGGAUGGGAGACACGUGAUACGAGGAAGGUUGGGGGAUCACAUGACUUUACCCUCUUCCCCAGUGUCCGAGCCCUAGCUACCCGCCGCGGGCCAUAGUGCCCCUCCUGUGAGUCGUAUUAUGUAGUCCUGCAACUGCCAGGCUACCUUUCUGGGCCAAUGAGAGAGCUUAUACCGAAUGCCGUCAUGAAAUGCUCUUCUAAAUGCCAUGCGAGGGGAGAGUGGGAUCCUGCACUCUUAAGAGCAGGCAGCCUAGGGGACACGUGGAGGGUGUCUAGGGACUGGGGAACUGAGACUUACUGGAAGAAGGAGCCUUAUACCUUCACAAACUAAGGUGGAGUGGAUCUGAAUCCUGGUAAGAGGAGAUAGAGGCCACCUCACUGAUCUCUUUGUCUUCUGGCAUUUCUCUUAAAUCCAGCGUUUUCACAGCCGACAUAGUAAUCUAACACACGAUGCUCUUAAAAAUCACCCUAUUUGUAACCCUUGGAUCCUGAACACAGGCCCAAGUUUGUCAUUAAAGAUCUUGCAGAGCCUGACACCUAAUUCCCACUCUCCCUGGUUUGGGGUGGGUGGGUGGUGGUAGUAUGAUGGAGAGGUUGCCAGGAUGCCUCACCAGCCAUAGGGAAACACAGUUUCCUGAUUGCCCUCCUGGCCUUUGCACAUGUGACCUGGCACACUGUCUCCCCACCAGGCCUGUGAUGUUUUCAUGACACAGUACAAUAUUCUGAUUGUCAUUUCUGACCCCAUUCUCUGUUCAUCUUCAGCGACCUGUACUCAAUCCAAUGUUGAUUCAUUCACUUACUGAAUCAAGUAUUUAGUAUCUGUGAUGUGACACACACUGUUCUAUCUACAGAUAAAACACAGCAGUUCACAAAACAGCUAAAUGUCCCUGUAUAAAUGGAGCAUCACAUUAUAUUGUCUUGUUCUGGGUCAGUCUCUUCUACCAAACUUGGAGUUCUUGGCGGACAGGGACAGGAUAGGACUCCGUGACCCAAGCCCUGGAACUUACUUAGACAAAACUUUAAUUUUGAAUUAAUGAGUAAAUUGCAAUCUAUCACCUUGGCUCACACUAUGAACCAUGUCCUGAUCGAAGAGGUUUAAGGAGAAGCCACCAAACCCAGCAGCUCUUAUUAUCCUCCAAAUCAAGACCCUGGAGUUCUGUAAAUUCUCUCAGGGCUCCUGAAGGGUACGAGUCAGUUCCAGCUUGUUCCUGUGGCCAGUAACUUGAACUGCAGGUCUCAGGUGACAGCAACAGCCUCACCAUCAAUAAUUGAGAGGACAUCCAGUCUGCCUCAGGGUUCUCUCCCUCUAAGGACUCCCCCUCCUGUCCUAUGCUCUGGUCUUCCCCAAGCAGGAGCCUCCAGCCCAGGUAAGCAGGGCUCUUGAGUGUGGGUUCCCAAGCACACCACUUCAGACUCACCAUCAUUCGCCUAUUCACAUCCAUUCAUACACUCUUGCUUUCAUUUUUAGUUCCCACCACCAUCAGGAGCCUCACAAGCGUCAGAUCUGGAGGAGAAGGGAGGAUGGUUCAGGGCACUUAACCCACUUAGGGAGUCUGGGAGAAGAGGCCUGAAUGGUGUUCUGUGUGUAUGUGUGUGUACAAGCCUGUGCAGGGAAUUCUGAGAACUGAAGAGGGAAUGCAGGGGAGAGGAGACAGGACUGGAGAAGAAAUUUAGAAUUAAGGACUCUUCCCACCCCAGGGAAGAGCAGAUAAGAGGGAAUCCUGGGGUGGAAAGAGACUUCAUCCUACUACACUAUGGAAUGUCUUUUUGCUUGCCUUUUACUGAAGCAGAGCACAGUGACUGAAGGGGUUUCUGACUACAAAGCUGUGCUCUUUUGCUACACAUUAGUGGGCCAGAAGAAACCAAGCAGGAAAGGCGUAAGGAUGGGGGAGGAUAUCUCAAAGGGGAACUGGUGAGAGAGGUCCUGAGGAAAGGGUGACUACAGAGAUGAAGGUCAACAAGGAAAGUAAGGUGAAGACAGGACCAGGAUUCAGAAGUGGGUAGAGAUAGUUUGCAGUUGGAUGCACUUAGACCAGCUUGGAGUCCUUGAGAGUACAUGGGCUUGGAAUCAAACCAGCUCAAAUUCAAAUCCCAGUUCUGCCAUGUGACUGUGGAUGAAAGUCAGCUUUUCUGAGCCAUAAUUUGUAAAAUAUAGAGAAUUGCUACUGGUAAGGGCUGCACAAAUGACUGGCAAAUGGUGGGCAUGGGUUUCCCUCCCUGCCUCCCUCCACUCCAGGGCCCAAAUAGGGACCAUGUCCCCCGCCAUUGCGCUGGCCUUCUUGCCCCUCGUGGUGACAUUGCUGGUGCGGUACCGGCACUACUUCCGACUGCUGGUGCGCAAGGUCUUGUUGCGGAGCCUCCGAGAUUGCCUGUCGGGGCUGCGGAUUGAGGAGCGGGCCUUCAGCUAUGUGCUCACCCAUGCCCUGCCUGGGGACCCCAGUCACAUCCUUACCACCCUGGACCAUUGGAGCAGCCACUGCGAGUACCUGAGCCAUAUGGGGCCUGUCAAAGCCAUCUCCCCCAUAGGUCAGAUCCUGAUGCGGCUGGUGGAGGAGAAGACCCCUGCCUGUGUGCUGGAGCUGGGCACUUACUGUGGAUACUCCACGCUGCUCAUUGCCCGUGCCCUGCCCCCUGGGGGCCACCUCCUUACUGUGGAGCAGGACCAACGAACAGCAGCAGUGGCCGAAAAACUCAUCCGCCUGGCUGGCUUCGACGAGCACACGGUGGAGCUAAUUGUGGGUAGCUCAGAGGAGGUGAUCCCAUGCCUACGAACCCAGUACCAGUUGAGUUGGGCAGACUUGGUGCUCCUGACACAUCGGCCCCGAUGUUACCUGCGGGACCUGCAGCUGCUGGAGGCACAUGCCCUUCUGCCAGCUGGUGCCACUGUGUUGGCUGACCAUGUGCUCUUCCCUGGUGCACCCCGUUUCCUGCAGUACGCCAAGAGCUGUGGCCGCUACCGAUCCCGCCUCCACCACACUGGCCUCCCAGACUUCCCUGCCAUCAAAGACGGCAUAGCCCAGCUCACCUACACAGGGCCUGGUUGAGGUCCAGGCCCAGGGGUUCUUACUCUACUCCCUACCUCCACCCAAGCAAGGACCUCACAAUAUCCUGUCCCCUCCUUGCUUAUGGCUGGGGAGGCUCUCCUCCCACACCCCUGCCCCACUCCAGUUCCACACUGAUCUGAGGCAUCAAGUUCUGUCACGCUGUUUGGCCCUAUGGUACCCUUCCUUCAAGGGAGAGCCAUGGGCUGACAGGCAAGAGGCCUGAGCUCCCAGCCCAGCUCUGUCACUGAUUUUCUGAGUGACUCCAUGGGAGUCCCUACUCUGCUCUGAGACUUAAUCCACUUUCUUAAUACCAACAAAGCUGGCUGGGAGAACUCCAGGCGCCUCUCAGCUCUGGGCCUCAGAAAGCUUGCCCUCCCCAGCCCAUGCCAUUCAGGGUGGGAACAGGGGAAACAGUGAAUUCUGAGUUCAUGGCCCUGUAGGAAUGGGUGCAAGCUGGGCCGGAGGAAAUGGCAAUGGAGCCAGGGCCAGGGCUGUGCCGGGCUUCCCUGACUCUGGCCCACAUAGCCAGG